UGAUGCAGUGUAGCCUUCAAAACCGGUCCAACCUAAUUAACCAGUUGCGACUUGCCAGCACUGGAGAGAGUGUGGAGACACUGACUCGACUCAAAAACUCAAAAUCUUUCAGCUUUCAUCACCCAAUAAUUCCUCCGUCCCUACUUUUUUUAACAAACUUACCUCAAUUCCGUUGGAUUUCCAUUUCCACAACCGACACCAAAAGUUUCAUUACCCACACUGCUCUUCACAAUAAUACAGACCCCAAUUACAUUUCUCACCAGAGAUAUUUUUUUACAAAUUCAGAUCUCAAAAUAAACAAUGCACUCUCUUUAGCCACGUUGGAGAUUCGUGUUGUUUUUUUUUUUUUUUCUGUUUUUGUUUUUUAAAAUUAGAGAGAAAAAAAAAAAAGUAUUUGACUAUGUCGAGGAGACCAGGAAAUCACGCUCGACGAUUAGGGGAUAAUGGAGGUUUAUUUUCCAGUUCGAAAUCGCGGUCUUCGCCGAUUUUGGCUUUGGGGCUUAUCGUCGUGGGAGCGCUGCUUUUUAUUGCCUAUUCAUACAGAAAUUCAGGUGGAUUUGGCAACAAUAUAGACACUACAAGCAGGGUUGAAGGUGAUUACUCAUGCACUGCAGAGGUCCAUCGAGCACUUCCUAUUUUGAAAAAAGCAUACGGUGACAGCAUGCAUAAAGUUUUGCAUGUUGGCCCAGACACCUGUUCAGUGGUUUCUAAAUUGCUUAAAGAGGAGGAAACUGUGGCCUGGGGCGUGGAACCAUAUGAUAUAGAGGAUGCAGAUAGCAGCUGCAGGGCUCUUGUCCACAAAGGCAUUGUGCGUGUAGCUGAUAUCAAGUUUCCUCUUCCAUAUAGGCCAAAAUCGUUUUCUCUUGUAAUUAUUUCUGAUGCUUUAGAUUACUUAUCUCCAAGAUACCUCAACAGGACCCUUCCUGAUUUGGCAAGAGUAUCAGCUGAUGGUCUUGUGGUAUUUACAGGCUAUCCUGGUCAUCAGAGGGCUAAAGUUUCCGACGUGUCCAAAUUUGGAAGAGCGGCUAAAUUGAGGAGUGCGACCUGGUGGGUACGAUAUUUUGUUCAGACUAACUUAGAAGAGAAUGAAACUGCCAUUAAGAAGUUCGAGCAAGCUGCAACAAAGAGGUCAUUCGUUCCAAAUUGCCAAAUAUUCCACCUCAAGUCAUUCCAGUGACAUCUUACAUAUUUCCACCUCAGGUCAUUUGUUUAACAUCUUUACAUUAUUCUGACAGUAAUACUGAAGCUUCUAGGUGCAGCAAAUCAAAUUGAUCUUCAAUUCUCGUCUGUAACAAAUUAUCUGGAAAAUGUUUUAUCAUGAUUAGUUUACAUUAUUUGUAUGUUAGCAAAUCAUGUUUUGAUUCUUUAAAUUAAAUUAUUAUUUGGAAGUGAAGCAUGAAUCAGUAUAUAUCUGCUCUUGCCAAGCUCA